AUGGCCACAAUAGCACUUCCGAGGCCAAUUCCCCCUCAUCGCCCAUCGUCGACUGUAGGCUCCGUGUCGUCCAUCUCGUUGGAGCCUAUCGGCACUGCCCAAGUUCCCGUACCAAACAAACAUCUCCCAGUCUGUCCUCCGGGACCAGUUCCAGCAGAGGAGCCCAAUACACCCCCGCCAUCUCCUCCCCGAGAUGAUGAACAAAUCCAGCAGUCAUCAUUUCUCUAUCCUCCCGACAAAUUUGGACGGUAUGAACACGGUCCAUUAACUUGCUACAAUAUCAGCCCCGCCAACGUGGCUGCUGCUGUGGACUAUAUUUCCCGUCAGCCAUUACCGGACCCGAAUCAAGUCUUCCCUUGGUUCCACGGGCUCCACCCCCACAACCAUAUCCAGCAAGCUUUCUUCAUCGCUCGUCACCGGUCAUUGAGGAAAACGCCGACAUGCGUUCGCGGAGUCACACUCGUCAAGGCGGACGGUGAUGUGACGGUUUCGCGCCUUAAAGGCGCCAUUGCUCCCCAUGAGUUCAUGCAACUGAAUGCGUCACCCGAGUUUCUUGACGUCGACCCACGUGAUGGCUUCUGCGUGAGAAACUUUCAGAUACAGGCUGCGAAAGCGGCUAUGAUAUCUGAUAUCAUUGUGUAUGGAGAGGAUGAUACUGUUGUUCGAAGGCUCGGCCUUGAUAUUGCCACAGCUCAAUUACGGUGGCGGCAAAAACACGAGACUCAGGGUCAUACUCUCCCAGAAUACAACACGUUCCUAUGUGUCUCGUCCUUCCAAGAGUUCGAGAUUAACUACAAGGAAAUUGUUGCUAUCGACUCUGAAGGCAAGCUUACAGGCAAUAUCCUCGACUUCUUUCAUCAAGAACGGAAAGAGAUGUAUAACAUGACCAAGGCUUCAGAAAUAUCUCAUAAUGUUUGGUUGGGUCCAACACCAGAUCCAACCUCUGAAGAAGAAGACCAGUACGAUGUGCUUAUUGAGUGCAGUGACGUCGGUCGCCUCAACCCAGCAACACUGCGUGCUCUGGCCGAGUCUAGAAUUGAGCCUACCCAGCGGCCGUACAUCGACUUUCCGUCAUCUGGGAGCAUCUUACCGCCAACAUGGUCACAAGCCGAAGCUGACGGAAUCUUGGAAACUUGCAAAUGGAUUUAUCAUCUGGCUCAUGGCACUCUGCCCACCCUCGACAAGUCGAACUUGGAUAUCGACGGUGACUUAGACAUAGAUGAACAUUUGGAGCAGGACUCUGUAAACCUGCGCCCCAGGAAACUGCUUAUUCAUUGUGCGGACGGGUACACCGAGUCUACGAUGCUCGGAAUCGCCUACUACAGCUACAGCACAGGACGGGGCAUCGCCGAUGCUUGGCUUCAUUUGCAUACUGUGAAGCAGCGCAACUUUUUCGCAUAUCCAACAGAUGUAGCCCUGCUGACAUGUAUUGAGGCUCGACUACUACAUGAGUCGCCUUUGCAUGCCGGCAAAGGCCUUCGUGAAGUCACAGCCUUAAUCAAAGAACCCGCAUGGCUACCGGGCCUUGAUGGCUCUUUUCCUAGCCGAGUUCUGGACUACAUGUACCUCGGAAACCUCGGACACGCCAACAAUCCUGAUCUGUUGAGAGCCCUUGGAAUUGGACAGAUCCUCAGCGUAGGCGAGAUGUCGAUGUGGAGGGAUGGCGAGCUGGAGGAAUGGGGCACGGAAAACGUAUGCGUUGUUCAAGGUGUCCAAGAUAACGGCAUCGACCCUCUGACAGAUGAGUUUGAGAAGUGCCUUGAAUUCAUCGACCGUGGCCGGCGCAACGGAACGGCCACGUUGGUGCACUGCCGAGUCGGCGUGUCACGCAGCGCCACUAUUUGCAUUGCUGAAGUGAUGCGAUCCUUAAAUUUAUCUUUUCCACGAGCAUACUGCUUUGUCCGUGCUCGCAGACUCAAUGUUAUUAUCCAACCUCAUCUGCGCUUCGCCUACGAACUCCUCAAGUGGGAAGAGUUAAACCAGACGAAGAAGCAUGGCUCCGCAGGUAUCAAGCGGGAAUUAGAAUGGGGAGAGAUUGCCAGAGAGAUUGCCUUGAUGAACAGACCAUACGCUCGAUAA